AGCAAUAAUCAUCUAGUGGAGUAGCACAACAAUUGAUGGCCUCCGACUCCGAUCGUCUUCGUGCCGUCAAGGCCUUCGACGACACCAAGGCCGGUGUCAAGGGCCUCGUCGAUGCAGGCGUCACCACCAUCCCCUCCAUCUUCCACCACCCACUGCCCAUAGAGCACACAGAUCAUGAUCACCACUUCACCAUCCCGGUCAUCGACCUCGCGGCUGCCACGUGUGGUACUACUACCACACCAUCCAUGCGAGCUGAGCUGGUUGCAGCAGUGAAGGCGUCGGCAGAGACGGUGGGCUUCUUCCAGGUGGUGAACCACGGCGUGCCCAUGGCGGUCAUGUCGGAGAUGCUCGCAGCAGUGCGGGGCUUCCACGAGGAGCCGGUAGGGGCCAAGGCGCUCUACUACGGCCGGGACUAUGGUCGGCCUGUGAGGUACUGGAGCAUCUUCGACUUGUUCCAGUCACAGGCGGCCAACUGGCGCGACACCUUGAUCAUCGAUACAGCGCCGGAGCUGCCGCCGCCCGAGGAGAUCCCACCCACAUGCAGGAGCAUUGCACCCAAGUAUGCAAAGAUGAUGGAGCAGCUGGGACGUACCCUGCUUGAGCUACUAUCAGAAGCGCUGGGCCUUCGCAGUGGCCACCUGGAGGAGGACGCCUCAUGCCUGGAGAGGCUCGCCGGCCACUACUACCCGCCCUGCCCGGAGCCGCACCUGACGCUGGGCACCACGCGCCACUCUGACCCUUGCUUCCUCGCCGUGCUUCUCCAGGAUGCCGUCGGUGGCCUCCAGGUGCUUCUCGAGGAAGACUACGAUGGCAACAACAACAACAAGAAGUCGUCUGCUGUGUGGGUGGACGUACCGGCGGUGGAAGGUGCGUUCGUGGUGAACGUCGGCGACUUCCUGCAGAUCGUCUCCAAUGACAGGUUCAAGAGCGUGGAGCACCGUGUGGUGUCCCAGAGCGUCGGGCCUCGAGUCUCUGUGGCCUGCUUCUUCCGAAGGCAGGACGUGGCCACGUCCACGAGAGUGCUAGCGCCAAUCAUCGCCGACGGCGAGGCGCGGUACAGGAGCACGACAAUGGCGGAGCUGGUCCGGCACAACAGGGCCAAGGGCCUCGACGGUAGCUCUGCGCUGCAGCACUUGAGGCUCUGAAUCCAUCCCAUCAAAACUACUGUAGCCAGCAUGCAUGCGAUGCAUGUAGUGUCAGUUGCUCAAAAUUAUGUACAUCGACUGAACAACAGAACAUGCAUGCAUGCAUGUAGCUCUACUAUGGAAGAAUCUCAAAAAAUGAAAAUAAAAUGAGUUGAUUGAAGCAACCAAUAAUAAAAAUAUCACCACGAUGCUUACGGCC